AUGAUACAAAGUGACAUUCUGCCCAAAAUGUCGGGAAUGAUAAGAAGUUCCGGGCUCAGUCACCACCGGUCUCCGCAGGAAUACAGGCUCCUGCCAACUAUGGGUGACGAUGACCUCCCUGGAGACCUUCAGUCGCUGUCAUGGCUUACAUCCGUGGAUGUGCCUAGGCUGCAGCAGAUGGCAAGUGGACGGAUAGACCUGGGAAGCCCCAGUAUGCCACAUCCACACCCAGGUUCUUUGGCUGGGGCAGCAGACCUAAAUGUGGGUGCCACCUCACACCCCCUGCUCCGUGGCCAGGCUGCCAUGGCCCCCAGAGGCAUGCUGGGUUUGGGCCCCAGAGCUAGCGCUGAGCAAAUGAACUCAUUCCCCAUAGGAGGCCAGUCAGCGUCACCAUCGGGUCUACAGGAAGUGCCACAGCUGUAUUCACCUGCCACCCCACUCCAGUACCCUCUGCCCCCAGGGCCCCAGCAGUGUCCUCCUGCAGGCCUCUAUGGCUCUCCAUUUGCAGCACGGCCUUCCUACCCACAGGCCCACAUGGCAGUGCGCUCACCACAGGACCUGCACCCCAAACACUAUCCCAAACCCAUCUACUCCUACAGCUGUCUGAUUGCCAUGGCCUUGAAGAGCAGCAAGACUGGCAGCCUGCCUGUGAGUGAGAUCUACAGUUUCAUGAAGGAGCACUUCCCCUACUUCAAGACAGCGCCUGACGGCUGGAAGAAUUCGGUUAGGCACAACCUGUCACUGAACAAAUGCUUCGAGAAGGUGGAAACCAAAUCCAGUGGCUCCUCACGCAAGGGUUGCCUGUGGGCCCUGAACCUGGCACGCAUCGACAAGAUGGAGGAGGAGAUGCACAAGUGGAAGAGAAAGGACCUUGCGGCCAUCCACCGCAGCAUGGCCAACCCGGAGGAGUUGGACAAGCUCAUCUCAGACCGGCCAGAAAGCUGCCGGCGUCCUGGCAAGCCAGGAGAACCAGAGGCCCCCAUGCUGACUCAUGCCACCACGGUGGCCAUGGCCCACAGCUGCCUGGGCAUCUCCCAACUCCCACCAAAGCCACUGAUGACCCUGUCCCUGCAAUCAGUCCCCUUGCACCACCAGGUCCAACCCCAGACACACCUGGCCCCAGACUCCCCAGCACCAGCCCAGACCCCACCUCUUCAUGCCCUGCCCAAUCUCAGCCCAGGGCCUCUCCCUCAGCCGGUCAUGGGUAGGCCUCCUGGGGACUUCCUCAACAUCAGCACUGACAUGAACACGGAGGUGGAUGCCCUGGACCCCAGCAUCAUGGAUUUCGCUCUUCAGGGUAACCUUUGGGAAGAGGUGAAGGAGGACAGCUUUAGCCUGGAGACGCUGGGGGCCUUCGGAGACUCCCCACUUGGCUGUGACCUGGGAGCCCCAAGCCUGACCCCUGUCUCCGGCAGUGGUGACCAGUCCUUCCCCGAUGUGCAGGUGACAGGUCUCUAUGCUGCAUACUCCACCCCAGACAGCAUGGCCCCAGCAGUGGCUACCUCUGCUCAGUACCUGGGUACUCCAGGCAAUAAGCCCAUAGCUCUACUUUGA